GUGACUGUCGCUCUCUCUCUCCUGCUCCAGUAACUGGAGGCACAAGUUCCUUCUUCCCCAGCCUCAACUUCAUUUUUCAGAAGGUCUGGGCUGUAUUCUGCUGCUGCAGCCAUGGCACCCAAAAAGAGCAAGUCGACCAAAAAGAGCAAAGGAGAUAUAAAUGAUAUGACCAUAAUGGUUGAGAACAGCCCCAUCAACAAGAUUAAUGGGUUGAACACUCUGUUAGAAGGAGGAAAUGGCUUCAGCUGCAUUUCAACUGAAGUCAAUGAUUCUGCGUAUGCCCCAAACCUCCUGGAGGGUUUGAGCAACAUGAGACAGGACAGCUUCCUCUGUGAUCUAACAGUCUCCACCAAAUCAAAGUCAUUUGAUGUCCACAAAGUUGUCAUGGCCUCCUGCAGCGAAUACAUUAGAAACAUCUUGAAGAAGGAUUCGACCCUCCAGAAGAUCGAUCUGAACGACCUCUCACCAGUCGGCCUCGCCACUGCAAUUACAUAUGCAUAUUCAGGAAAGCUCACCCUGUCGCUCUACAGCAUCGGCAGCACUAUCGCUGCAGCCAUGCUGCUGCAGAUCGGCACCUUAGUGAAGAUGUGCAGCGAUUUCCUCAUGCAGGAGCUCAGCGUGGAGAAUUGUAUGUAUGUGGCAAAUAUCGCCGAUGCCUAUGACCUCAAAGAAACCAAGGAGGCGGCUCAGAAGUUCAUGCGGGAGAACUUCAUCGAGUUCUCUGAGAUGGAGCAGUUCCUGAAGCUCACCUAUGAGCAGAUCAGCGAAUUCCUUUCAGACGAUUCCCUGCAGCUCCCGUCUGAGGUCACUGCCUUCCAGAUCGCCAUGAAAUGGUUGGACUUUGACGAGAAGAGGUUGAAGUACGCAGCAGAUCUUCUGACUAGCAUCCGCUUUGGCACUAUCUCUGCCCAAGACCUGGUGAAUCACGUCCAGAGUGUGCCUAGAAUGAUGCAAGACCCCGAGUGCCACCGUCUCCUUGUUGAUGCCAUGAAUUACCAUCUGCUGCCAUAUCAACAGAACAUCCUCCAGUCACGCAGAACAAAGGUACGCGGAGGCCUCAGGGUGAUUCUCACAGUUGGUGGACGCCCUGCCUUGACAGAGAAAUCCCUCAGCAAAGACGUCCUCUACAGAGAUUCGGAUAACGUGUGGAAUAAGUUGACAGAAAUGCCAGCAAAGAGCUUUAAUCAGUGUGUGGCCAUGUUGGACGGCUUCCUGUAUGUGGCAGGUGGUGAGGACCAGAAUGAUGCAAGGAACCAGGCUAAACACGCUGUUAGCAACUUCUGCAGGUACGAUCCCCGCUUCAACACUUGGAUUCACUUGAACAACAUGAUCCAAAAGCGCACCCACUUCAGCCUCAACACUUUCAACGGCCUCUUGUUUGCCGUCGGAGGUCGAAACUCUGACGGUGUUCAGGCCUCCGUGGAGUGCUACGUGCCCUCGUCAAACCAGUGGCAGAUGAAGGCUCCCAUGGAGGUGCCCCGCUGCUGUCAUGGCAGCUCCGUCAUCGAUGGCAAGAUCCUGGUAUCUGGAGGCUACAUCAACAACGCUUAUUCCAGGGCUGUGUGUUCUUACGACCCCUCCACCGACACCUGGCAGGAUAAGAGCAGUCUGAGCACACCUCGAGGCUGGCACUGCGCCGCCACCGUGGGAGACCGAGCCUAUGUGAUCGGUGGCAGCCAGCUGGGAGGCCGUGGGGAGAGGGUGGACGUCCUCGCAGUCGAAUCUUACAACCCACACAACGGGCAGUGGAGCUACUGUGCGCCUCUCCAUACGGGGGUGAGCACAGCCGGCAUUUCCAGUUUGAACAACAAGAUCUAUCUCCUUGGGGGCUGGAACGAGGGCGAGAAGAAGUACAAGAAAUGCAUUCAGGUUUACAACCCUGACCUCAAUGAAUGGACUGAGGAUGAUGAAUUGCCAGAAGCUACAGUCGGCAUUUCAUGCUGUGUUGUCACCAUACCCACACGGAAAACACGAGAGUCCAGAGCCAGUUCAGUUUCAUCUGCACCAGUCAGCAUAUAAGGAAUCAGAUGAUAACAACGCUGUAGUUUACACGUCUAAAGGUCUCCAGCUUGUCUGCUGCAUAAUCUUGAUUGUAGGUUCUCCUACAAAAUGUUCAUCAGCUUUAUUCUUUUAGAUGAGCAAAAAUUAACAAAAGGUCUGCAAAGGUUACAAAUUUGGGAACAUGUUCUUGUAAAAUAUUUUUAAAAGCUUUGUUAAUUUGAUUCAAUAAAAUUUUAAACCAAAAAGAAUUCAAAAGCCUGCAUUUAACAUAUAGUACAUUUGGCAUCAUGAAGGCUAGAUAAUGAUCAUUUUUAGACAAAUUUCAUUCUGGGGCCAAUUCAGCUUGGAUAAUUUCAUUAGCCCUGUUUCUACAGAAAAUACAACAUUAAAUAAAGCGCAAAUGAAAAGGUUUUUUGUUUUGUUUUUUAAAAAAAGCAAAACAAUCAUCUGAAACAUAAUGAUGGGGUUUUUUUUACUCAGUACCACUGAAAUAAUACUGGAUUUUGUGACAGUCCUGUUUAUGGGGACUAUAGCUACUGUGAUUCUCACAUACUUGAACAGAAUAAGAAGCUGAAGCUGGAAUAACUGUUGGUUUCACCUACCAGGAGUAGGUGUUUGUGAUUAGUGUUUAACCACACCUCACAGUAAGACUGCGAUUUCUCUACAUGUGUCUCAUGUGCAGCACUUAGCAGUCUUGUGUUGUGCAGUUGUGUGAUCACCAUCAAACACUGUCCGCGUGAAAACAAAUGUUAGGAUGAUGUGGGUUGAAUGGGUUGAGAAGUGACAGCAAUAAACUAUUUUGUAAAAAAGAAAAAAAAAAAUAGAACUGGUGAAUGAUGUUCAGAGCCUGAGCUUUCCUGGACUCAUGAAUUUCCUGACUGCUCAUGUCCUUCCAUUUUUUGUUUGUUUUUAAAUUAAAGAGAUGAAGUGUAA